AUGGAGCUUGUGGUGUCGGCGGACGUCGCGCUCGUGAUCUUUGGCUACCUCGCGCCACAAGAAUUAGUGGCCAUGGAGCAGACUUGCAGGAGGUUUCAAUUGCUCGUCGUGACAAAUCGCAUCUGGAAACCUCUGUACAGCGCGCUGUACCCGAUCUCUCGUUUCAAUCUCCUACGUGGCCGGACGACGUGGAAGCAAGUGUUCGUGGACAAAUGCAACCAGCAACUCGGAUGGAAGAAAGGGACAGCGCGAUGCGUGCUGUCCCAAAUUGCCCACACCGAUGGGAUCAAUGCCAUUGCUGCGCAAAAGUCCCUUGGUCCCUACGCGAACCUCUUCGCAACAUGCUCGUUUGACCGCACAGUAAAGGUCUGGCGCAAACCUACCACAGUCAUGUCCGACACAGCGACCUUGUGUACGUUGGCUGGUCACCAGAAUGCAGUGUGGUCGUUGGCGUGGGGACCAUCUCCAUCCGAUCUGUACAGCGCCUCGUUCGACGGGACCAUUCGCCGGUGGGACGUUACCACUGCAGUCAACACACGCGUGCUGUGGGCGAACGCGGAUCGAUUGCUGUGCAUGGUGAUCGAGCACGACAACGUGUGGACAGGAUCGCUCACCGGACACUUGAUUCAAUGGACCAAUUCGUCGUCGAACCCCGCGAUCGGACGCAUCCAAUGCGUGACUCCGUGUAUAUCGUCCCUUCAGAAGUACAACCACCUUCUCUACGUCGGCGGUGUCAAGCAUCUCGAGAUCUGGGACGACAGAUACCUCGUGGCCCCCGUAGCUCUUUUCAAAGGCCACGAGCAAGCCAUCAUGUCGAUGGCCAUGUUCUCAUCGGACAUCGUGAUGACUGUGAGCAAGGAUGGCACACUCAAAGGAUGGGAUGCCACCGGAUCCGACCCCACGCCGCUUUUGGACGUGCGCGUGCAUAGCGCCGCCGUCCGGUCCAUCGCCACAUGCGACGAUCUUGUUGUAACUUCGUCCAACGAUUCCACCGUCCGUCUGUGGCAAGCAUCGUCCAAGUGGUCGCAAAAGUCGUCGGUUGUCGGUUGUCUCACGAGACUGGAUGGGCUCCAUGUCCACACCAAGCAAGUCCCGAGCGUCGACAUGGACGAAUGCCACCUUUACACGGCGUCCUGCGACUCCACCAUGACCAUCCAUGAAUACACCAUUCCUUAG